CUUAUUUCCUGCUGUGGGCGUUGCGUUACUUUGCUUCUCUUUCCAAACGAAACGGAGUGCGGCUUUGAAGGAGAAGGAAAAAAAAAAAAAAAAAAAUGCAGAGAUGGUCUGAUUCUGAGAGAACGAGCUGUGACAAAUCGAAGACGCCCGAGUUCAAACUUGGUCAGCGCGUCCACUCGGGCGGAGAUUGCCGGCGAAUCGGGACAGUGAAGUACGUAGGAGCAGUGGAAGGCUACUCUGGGUGUUGGGUCGGCGUCGAUUGGGACAAUGGCGAUGGAAAGCACGAUGGCUCCAUCAAUGGGGUUCGCUAUUUUCUCUCCAAAUCCCAGAAAUCAGCUUCCUUUGUUCGCCCCCACAAUUUGAGCACUGGGAUCACUUUUUUGCAAGCUCUUGAAAUUAGAUACAGGACCAUUUCCACUAAAGAAGAGGAAGAUGAAAUGUAUGUCUUUUCUGCAAGCAACAGACGAGUGUCAGUUCAGCUCCUGGGUAAAGAUAAAAUUCAAGAUAAGCUAAGUCGAUUUGAAGAGUUGGCAGGUGGAUCACUAUCUUACUUGGGUGUUAGCUCUUCUGGCCCCCCAGGACAAAUUGGUGCAACUGUGCCGAAUUUGAAGGAGCUCGACUUGACUGGAAAUCUGCUUUUGGAAUGGAGAGAUGUUGGUGCGAUAUGCAAAGAGUUACCAUCUCUUGGAGCUCUCAAUCUAUCCAACAAUUUAAUGGCCCAUGAUGUAGUGGGGCUUCGUCAACUAACGAACAUCCACAUUUUAGUUCUAAACCAUACUGGUGUAAAUUGGGAGCAGGUUGAAAUCCUUGAACAAUCAUUACCGGUCAUUGAAGAGCUACAUCUGAUGGGAAAUAAAAUAAGGGAAAUAACGCCUACAUCCUCCAACACUGUUCAGGGAUUCAAUUCUCUGCGGCUUCUGAAUUUGGAAGACAAUUGUAUUGCUGAUUGGAAGGAAAUCUUGAAGCUUUCUCAAUUAAGAAGUUUGUUGCAGCUUCAUUUGAACAAGAACAGUUUAAACCGGAUAUGGUACCCUGAUUAUGAUACAAUACUUGACCACCUCAACGGUUGUGAAUCAGUUGAGAACAGUUAUAGGCCUUUCCAAAAUUUACACUGCCUGCUUCUCGGAGGUAAUAACAUUGAGGAUCUGGCUUCUAUUGAUUCACUAAAUUAUUUUCCUAACUUGAUGGAUAUAAGGCUUUCUGAUAAUCCAAUAGCUGAUCCAGGCAAAGGCGGUAUUCCAAGAUUUGUUUUGAUUGCUUGUUUAGCAAAAGUUGAAAUGUUGAAUGGGAGUGAGGUUAGUCCUCGAGAGCGCAAGGACUCUGAGAUUCGGUAUGUUCGUUUAGUCAUGUCAAAGUUGCAUGACAGUCCUGAAGAGAUCAGGCGGCUUCACCCCAGGUUUUUAGAGCUUAAAGAUUUUCAUGGAAUCGAGGAUGAAAGGCCAUCUACUGGAGCAGCUGGCCCUCAGAAGAUGGCUUCAGGGCUUAUUUCUAUCACUCUGAAAUGUGUUGGAGCAUCAAUUGGAGAAAAACCGGCAUUGACAAAAAAGUUGCCAGCAACCGCGACGGUUGGCAAGCUAAAGAUUCUAUGUGAGAGCUUUUUCAAGCUAAAAUCCAUAAAGCCAAUAUUGUUUCUUCAAGAAGAGGGUUCGCCAUUGCCAACAUUGCUCGAUGAUGAUAUGGCAUCCUUGAUUGACCUUGGAGUUGGCAAUGAUUCAACCAUUCUGGUAGAUGAAGAGAGUUGAUGAUGUAUGUAAAUCCCACAUACUGUUGAGGAAUUCCCUAUUGCAAUUUUCUAAAUAUAUCCAAAAUAGUUGUACGCUUACUGGUGUGUGAAGUUUUGUUGUCCCUUGUUUAAAUUUUGUUGGAUUCGACAGCCAAAAAAAAAGAAGAGAAACUCAAUUUUGGUGUUUGAUGGCC